AUGUCCGACUCGGUUGACCGGGUCUUUGCACACGCGCUGCAGACGGUCAGGAAGAUUCCAAGGACGGGGAGCGCGCGUCCGCCGGCCGACGACCGUCUGAGGCUGUACGGCCUGUACAAGCAGAGUAUGGAGGGAGACGUCAAGGGCGUGAUGGACAGGCCGACAAGCUACGGGCCCGAGUCGAGGCCCGAGAUUGAAAAGUGGGACGCCUGGAAUGCCCAGAGCGGGCUGUCAAAGACUGAGGCGAAAAGGCUGUACAUCGCGUCACUGAUAGAGACAAUGCACCGCUACGCCUCGGCCACACCUGAAGCACGCGAUCUCGUGGCAGAGCUCGAAUUCGUCUGGGACCAGAUCCGGUCCAACCAGUCGUCGCUGUCGGCGGCGUCCACGCCGCACCGCGCCCACCACCCGCCCGAGCUCGGCAUCGUCUCGCCCAACCCCUUCGGCGAGGAGGAGGACGACGACUCGGGCAUCGACGCGGACCACCGCAAGUGGCGGCGGCGCGUCGAGCAGGCGCUCGCCAAGAUGGCGACGGAGGUCACGGCGCUGCGCGAGCGCAUGGAGGACGAGGCGGCGUUCCGGCGGCGCGGGAGGCUGCGCGGGUGGUGCUGGUGGGUGCUCGGUGUGCUGGGGAGGCAUAUGGUUAUGGAGGUAGUGUUCUGGGGGCUGCUGUGGAUGUGGAUGCAGAAGCGGGGGGAUCGGGAGGCGGUGCAGGCGCUCGCGAGGGUGGUGGGGUGGGGGAGGGAGAGGGCUAGGGAGGUGGGCAAGUGGAGGAGGUGGGUCAGGUAG